GAAAGGAAAUGCACGUUUCGGCUUUCGGCCGCUACAGCCUCAAGCAACAUGGGACAGCGUGAACGGCGUGAUAGACGACCAUCCACCCGAUCCGACGACAACGUCAGUGACAAAGUUGCAUUGCUAGAGCCGUUUUCGCACCAGGUCGGAGGCCACGCAUGUUUUCUUUCACUUGAAGAAAGGACAUUGUGCAAACCGUUUACAUAUCGUGAAAGCAAGUUCUAUCAGUCCCUUCCUGCGGAACUGACGUCGUUCGUACCGGAAUUUCGUGGUAAGCUCAUGUCGUGCCCUGUGAAUCUGUACGGCUUUGGAGUUGAUGUUGUGUACGAUGAAGUAUCGGGUAAAUAUAACUGUUACGGCAAAUACCUGGGGCGACGCUUGACUGUGGACGGGUUCAAGCAAGUAAUUAAAUCGUAUUUUCAUAACGGCGUCCAGUUUCACUCAGUCCUGAUUGACUCGCUGAUACCGAAGUUGCAAACGCUUAGCAAGAUUCUCUUCUGUUGCAACGGUUUUCGUUUUUUCUCUAGCUCACUGCUGGUCAUAUACGACGGCGAUCGGUACAAUAACGAAGUAGCGGACAUCGACAUUCGCAUGAUCGAUUUUGAACAUUCCACUUUCCCUGGCUUUAAGGAUGAUCCAUCAUACGAUGGCCCGGACACAGGCUACCUAAAGGGCAUCGAAAGUCUCAUCUCAGUAAUGCGGCAGAUUCAAAGGGACGCGUACGACGCGAAGUAA